AUGGGAAAGAGAAAGUCAUCAGCCAGAAAACCAGCUCCAAAGAUCAAGCAGAAGCUGGAAACUCAAUUCACAUGUCUGUUCUGUAACCACGACAACUCUGUGGUAUGCACCUUGGAUAAGAAAAACAGCAUAGGCCUUUUGGAAUGUAAGAAAUGCAAUUUGUCCUUCCAGGCUCCAAUAAACUCACUUUCGCAACCCAUUGAUAUAUACAGCGAUUGGAUCGAUGCUUGUGAAGCCGUCGCUGAAGAGAAUGCAGAUGUCAACGGUGAUAACUUUAUAGAAAACGAUGGGGCAGAUCGUGAGCAGGAUGAUGAUUACGACGAUGAAUUUUGA